AUGAUUUCUUUAUUAAAAUUUGUUAGUUAUAUAUAAUAUAAAUAAAUAAAUGCAAGCAAUAGCUUUUGAAAAUCUAAAAUCUGUCAAUUGUAUCUUAAUUGGUUAAUAAAAAAUAUGCCAUCUGCAGAAAAGUGCUUAUAUAGGGAUUUUUUGCAGCUUGACGAUUGAUUGGAGACUAGCCUUAAUCAAGGUUAUGCAUCAUUUCAGACAAUCAAAAACGCAUUUCAGAUGAUAUAUAAUAAUAAAAUCCAUUUCAUAGAUCAAGAGUUUUCUUUGUGCGGGUCCCCCACCUUAACUGAUGAAACUUCAGGAAAUCUGGAUUUUAUUGUAAAAAUCGAAGAAAUAUUGCAAGCCUCAGGCCCAGAAUUGAGGAUUCCAAUUGUAUCUUGCUGAAAAGCAGUACCAGUUGAAGAAAAGCAUCAAUUAUCAGAUGAAGAGCUCAAAUUUAAUUAUUUUUGGCAAACAAUAGUAAUUCUCCCGAAGAAUCACAUACUUAUCGAUAAAAGUCCUCUAGAAAACCCAUCUGAAUUAAUUUUUCUAAUAGACUCGUCAGGGAAUGAUUUUCGAAUUCCUGAAAAUAUAAAAUCUCUAUUAAAGGAAAAAAUUAAUUUUGAAGAUUCGCAUAUAGGGCAAUUUUCUUUGGGCGGGUUCUUUCCAAAUGCUAAAAUAACUGAUACAUCCUUCGCUAAACAAUGCAUGUAUCCUUACGAAAGCGGUCUCUGGUGUUUAUUUAAUACAGUCAUGCUUAUUUCAAAAGGCAAUUAUAAGUUCUUGGGCUCAUUUUAUAGAUUUGAUAUGGAUCAAAGUAGUAAAGUGAGAGCAAUUUUAGAAAAUUAUAGCAUUGACUUAAACGAUCCAACAAUUUGUGUGACACCACGCCAUCCUAUAAGCGCUACAGAUAACUCGCCUGAAACUCAGCAGUCUGCUUUAAAAGUUAAAAAAAAUUCUAUUAUUUCUUGCUGGAAUGUAGACUUUAUAAAUGCCACAAGUGAAGAUGCUUUUGUCGAUAAAACCCAUUUUAUCAAAAAAAUUAUAGACAAUCUCAAUAAAUUAAUUCUUAUUACAAGGCCAAGAAGAUGGGGAAAGACGUUCAACAUGCGAAUGCUUAAAGCUUUUUUUCACCCAAAAUAUGAUGAAAAUGGAAAUUUCGCGAAUUUGCAUGCAUUUACUGGCGGAAAAGAUAAUACAGAUCUAAAUAAUUCAGAUCUUAGCAGAUGCUUGAAAAUAAUGACUUUAGACGAUGGACGAUAUAGAAAAUAUUUCGGAAGUAAGCCAACAAUUUUGCUGAGCUUUGGUAGAAUAUUUGGCUAUAGAAAAAAUGGCAACCCCAAUAUCCAAGGAAUACGUGACUCGAUUUGAAAUGCAUAUCUCAAGCAUGAAUAUGAAUAUCGUCAAGAUUUAGAAAAUGAAGUAAAAGAAUGAUGUUUGAAAAACCCACAUCAUAAUAUUGAUUAUACAAAUACGAGUACUCGAAUGCUAGAAUGAUUCGUUGAUCAGCAUAAUAUAAAAAUAAGUCUCAGUCUUAGACUAUUCAGGACAUACAUAAAUGAUAGUUCGCAAAUUAAAAUUGAAGAUGCUAUAAUCAAUCUGGCACAAAUACUUUAUAGUGUUCAUAAUAAGCCUGUUUUAGUGCUAGUGGAUGAAUAUGAUAGGCCAAUUAAUGACUUCAUCAAUAUAAGUGAGGAAAGAGAUGCUGCUAUUGAGUUAAGAGGAUUACUGUAUCUGCUAUUUAAAGACCUGCCAGAGUUUAUUGAUAAAGUAAUCUUCAUUGGGAUUCUUAAGAUCGCACAGGAUACAUUUUUAUCAGGCAUGAACAAUGUAGAGGCAUGCACAAUUCAAAAUGAUUCUCUCUAUGCAGAUUGCUUCGGAUUUACUGAGGUAGAAGUAACUGAAUUGUUUAGAAAAAUUUUAGACUAUGAAUCUGAAGAAGAUUUUAUAGAGCAAAGUAACAUAAUUAAGACGUGAUAUAAUGGCUACAAUGUUGGUAAGAUACGAAUAUACAAUCCUUGAUCAAUAACGAGUUGUUUGCAGGCCAUAAGUGAGAAAUCUGAUUUUCCACUUCAACCUUACUGAAUAAAUACAGGCAGCUACAGUAUAUUGAUUUCUACAUUUACUCCCCCCCCCCUCCGUGAGUGAACAAAACCUUUAGAAAAAUCGCCAUUUUUUGCCCAAAAAACCCACUCUCGAGUGAACAAAAAUUUUUUUAAUAGAAAAUUUUUUUAUGGAAAAAAAAUUUUGAUAUAUAAAUGAUAAUUAAUAUAAUGAAAUCUAGAGCUAAUUCUGUUUAAUUUUAAACGAAAUGCAUUUUAAAACAUAAAUUUUAUAAAUUAAAUUAAUAUUUGCUUUCAAAGUUUUGCAAAUUAGGAUUUUUUUAAAUUUCGAAAAAAAAAUUUUUUAGAAAAUUUAUAUAGAAAUUUUUUUAAAAAAAAAACAAUUUAACCCCCCUCCGUGAGUGAACAAAAUUUUUUUAUUCACUCACGGAGGGGGGGGGGUUAGUAAUUUGGAAAAUUUUAAUGAAUUAUAUGAGAUAAUGAAAACUGGGUACCUCACUUUGAAUACAAAAAUUCCUGAAGAGAUACAUUUUGGAGACAUUAGAGAGAUAAAAAAUAACUUUUUGGCCUAUCUGCUGCAUUGUGGAUAUAAGGAUCCCCCCCCUCAUUUGUCCAAUUUUUUAGUCUUUUUUUCUAAGAAAAAAAAAUUUUCAGGACCUCAUUUGUCCCAAAAAUCUAGUCAAAAAUGAUUUGUCCCAUUUUCUAGUCUUUUUUUGGAUAUUUUUUCGAAUGUCCUAAUUUUAGUUUUUUAUUUUAAAAAACUAGAAUAUGAGACAAUUGAGGUCCUGAAAUUUUUUUUCUAUCAAAAUUUUGACUAGAAAAAUUGGACAAAUGAGGUCCUAAAAAAAAUUUUUUUUCCUAUAAAAAAAAACUAGAAAAAUAGACAAAUGAUAAAAGACUAGAAAAUUGGACAAAUGAGGGGGGUCCUUAUAACACCUGAUAUUGAUGACAAAAUGCGGCAAACUUAUGUUAUCCCGAAUAAAGAAGCAAAAUGAGACUUCUACGAAUACUUGCUUACAAUGUGAAUUAAUAUAAAAACUGGAGAGAACAAAAUCAAUAUUUAUGAGAUCGCAAAAGAAUUUAUUGAAAACUUGGGGAAUUGCGAAAAACUUCAAUACCUAAUUCAAAAUGAGUUGCUUUGAAAUUUUGAAGAAAGCGCUGAUAGAACUGAAGCAGAUUUUCAGACUUUACUGGGAGGAAUAGCGAGGCUUGCUUCAAUUAAUAUUGAUAACUCUGCAUGAACAAUAUACUCAGAAAGGCCUAACAAUUUCAGGAACAAAGCGGAUGCAAUUUUUCUUCCUGUGGCCAAUUUGAGCAGUACUAUAAUUAUACAUGAGUAUAAAAAAUUCGAUCGGUUGAGUAUCGAGAAUGCUCAAGUUCAUGCUACAAAUGCUCUCUGGCAAAUUUUUGUUAAAAAAUAUAUGGAUAUUGCUAUUUCACUAUAACACAUCAACGCUAGUGAAUCUCCAUCAUCUUGGCAUCUCUCGACACAAUUAAUGAUUGGCUUUGGGUGAAGUUUGAUAAAAUGACUUUAAUUUUUCAAAAUGGUUUUUUGGUAUGAAAAAAGCACAAACAGUACAAUCUACUUUUUUCCUCUUAUUUUGAAAGACAAAAUUAAUGAUUGUGAUACUCUUACAUUCAUUUAGGCGAUAUUGUUUGUCAUUUACUAGCAUGCAUGUAUGCUGUUUACUAUGCAAUCCUAUCUUGAGUUUUCUCUGCUUAAAUUUGCUUAAUCUAGAUAGAAUAUAUUUUUAAUGCACUUUAUUCAUCUGUUUUUGCUAUUUAGUUUUUCACCCCUGUUUGGGAAAUAUAAAAAGUACCGUUUGCACUUUAUUCAUACCAAAAAACCAUUUUUGAAAAUUAGAGUCAUUUUUUUAGGUUUUAGAAAGAGUUUAUUUAACCUCAUCCGUUGGCUUCACCAACAGAUGCUAGUGAAGCCAACCUCUGAAAUAGAAACCUGAAAUGCCUGGCGAAUUGCCAUUUCAAGGGGUUGAUUUAACCAACCCUCUUGGUAUUGAGAGAUGUUAGGAUGAUGAAAAUGCACUAGCGUGAAUGUGUUAUAUAUAACACCAGCCAAGAUUAUAAUUAUUUUAAAAGUAUAAUUGUUCGAGGGAUUGUCUUUUAUCAAUCUGAUCUACCAAAAUGAAACAUAUUGAUUCAGGAACUUGAGCCAUUUAGCAUGGAACAAGCUAUAAAUAUAAACACAUGAUUUACUCAAGGAUGUCGAAUUCUAAACCAGUUAAGGCUAUGUGGUGGAGACGGGUCGGAAGAUGAGAUAAUUAAUGAAAGAAAAAAGCUUGGUGAUGAAAACUUAGAAAUCUUAAUUGAAAAACUUAUCACAGACUAUCCUACUUUAGACUAUUUGAAGCGGAAAGAACAGAAAAGAGCUUCCAGUCCUGCAGAAGAUAACUACAAAUCGAAGAGAUUAAGUAGAUAA